CGCUUCUUCAUAAACAUUCUCAUCCUAAUUCUAUCUCCUGCACUCAUGUUCUAGUCCAAAUGAAACCUCUUGGCUACUAAUUGGUCUACAUCAAACUCGAUCUGCAAUUGGAUUGGGGUCUCGUGCAGUCGACGUAGACAAAGAGUCACUGCUUUAGACCUUUCCUACAUGGGUCUCCAAGGCACCAUUUCUCCUCAUAUUGGUAAUCUCUCUUUCCUAGUCUCACUUCAUCUUUCUAACAACAGCUUCUUUGGUUUUAUUCCGCAUGAAAUCAGUCGUCUACAUCGGUUGAGAAUACUCAUUUUGGAAGUCAAUCAAUUGGAAGGGAGCAUCCCUCCUUCAAUUCAUAGUUGUCAAAAGCUUCGCAAGGUAAGUUUUGAUUCGAACCGUCUUAUUGGUGCAAUUCCAUCGUCCCUCGGCAAUUUGUCAACAUUGGAGUUCUUGAAUUUGCAACGUAAUAGUCUCACUGGUCCACUUCCUUCAAUCAUCUUUAACAUAUCUUCUCUAAACAAAUUUGGUGUUGCUGGUAAUCUCAUCUCAGGAGAUCUUCCGAAUGAUCUUUGUAGCCGCUGUCUCAAUCUUAGAGGACUUUAUUUGUCAGAUAACAAAUUCAGCGGUCAGCUCCAUUCGCAAUUUAAUAAUUGUGGGGAGCUUGUAAUUUUAUCUUUAUCAUACAAUAAAUUCCAUGGGAGUAUUUCAAAAGCUCUAAUUGGCAGUUUACAAAAGCUUGAAACUCUGCCUCUUGGGGGUAACAAUUUCACUGGUAUCAUACCUCCUACCAUAUGUAAUUUAUCGAGGUUGCAAGUAUUCGCAAUUGAGCAAAAUCACAUCCAAGGAAGCAUUCCGAGUGAUUUGUGGCAACUUCAGAAGUUAUAUGCUUUGGUUUUAGGAGGGAAUAACUUUGAAGGGGCAGUACCUCAAAAAGUCUUCAACCUUACUUCUUUACAAAUUGUCUCCUUGUGGACAAAUUCCCUUUCUGGAUAUCUUCCAUCACCAGAUAUGGGGCAAUCUUGCCCUAAUCUUGAAGAACUUCUACUUGGUGACAACAAACUCAGUGGUCAUAUCCCAUCCUAUCUUUCAAAUUGUUCCAAGCUCAUCUCAGUAGACUUUUCAUCAAACUUAUUCACUGGAACAAUUCCUAAAAGUCUUGGAAACUUGAAGCACCUCCAACAACUUUUUCUGAGUCGAAAUCAGCUAAUAGGCGGGGAGGCUAAAGAUCAUAAACAGCCUGAUUUCAUUUCAUCUUUAUCCAAUUGUAGAUCAUUGAGAUUUUUAGACGUAAGCCAUAAUCCAUUGGAUAUAACAAUCCCAGAUUCCAUUCAAAACUUUUCAGCUUCCUUUCAAAGCUUUCUUGCAUAUAAUUGCCAAAUAAGGGGUCAUAUUCCUAUGGGAAUGGGUUUUUUGAUAGGCUUGAACUUGAUUGUAUUGGAUGAUAACAAUUUGACUGGAAAUAUCCCUUUCACAUUUGGUGGUUUGGAAAGAUUACAAAGAUUGUAUCUUCACGAUAACAAGAUUGAAGGAUUGAUUCCAGAAGAGAUAUGUCCAUUAAGGAAUUUGGGAGAGUUGGAUCUCUCAAACAACAGAAUCUCUGGUAUCAUCCCAAAUUGCAUUUCAAACCUUAGUCUUCUACAAACCCUAUGCUUAAGUACCAAUAGACUCGAAUCGUCAAUACCAUUAAAUAUAUGGGGCCUCAAAAAUCUAUUAUUCUUGGAUUUGUCAUUGAAUUCCCUUGGUGGACAUUUGCCUUUGAACAUGACAAAAUUGGAGACUCUCGAAGGUUUGGAUUUCUCAAGUAAUGAAAUUACUGGAGAAAUUCCAAGUAUCAUUGGAGCAUUUGAAAGCCUCAGUUAUCUCAACUUUUCAAACAACUCCUUUCAAGAAGACAUUCCGCAAUCUUUGGGAAACUUAAAAGGGUUAGAUAUCUUAGAUCUUUCUUACAACAAUCUUUCUGGUGAAAUUCCUAAAUCCCUUGAGGCACUUCCAUAUCUCAAAUACUUGAAUUUGUCUUUCAACAAGCUUGUAGGAGAGAUUCCAUCUGGUGGUCAUUUUGUGAACUUCACGGCAGAAUCAUUUUCAGGAAAUACUGCACUUUGUGGCAAUCCAAUUUUUGGUGUCCCACCUUGUAGAACGAUUCCUACCUACAAACAAUCAAAGAUGAAAGGUAUUUUGCUCAAAUGUAUUCUUCUUGUGAUUGCGUCAAUUAUAAUCUUCGUGAUGUUGGUUUAUUUGUUGAGAAGACAUCGAAAGAGUAACAUGGAGAUACCGACUUCAAUACUUGAUGCAUUGCCUACAUUGGAACAUUGAAUGAUAUCAUAUCAAGAGCUUUGCCAAGGGACAAACAACUUUUGUGAAAGCAACUUGCUUGGAGUCGGUGGUUUUGGCUCUGUGUACAAAGGAAUACUUUCCGAUAGGACAAUUGUUGCAGUAAAAGUUCUAAGUUUGCAAUUGUCAGGUGCUUUCAAAAGUUUUGAUACAGAAUGCAAGGUGUUACGGACAAUUCGACAUAGAAAUCUUGUGAAGGUCAUAACUACAUGCACUAAUCUCGAGUUUAGAGCGUUGGUGCUGGAAUACAUGUCGAACAACAACCUUGAAAAAUGGUUAUACUCUCAUAACUACUGCUUGGAUCUUCUACAGAGAAUAAAUAUUAUGGUUGAUGUUGCAUCAGCGUUAGACUAUCUCCACCAUGGUUAAUCGGAAUCUAUAUUGCAUUGUGAUUUGAAGCCUACAAAUAUCCUUUUGGAUGAGGGCAUGGUUGCACAUGUGGGCGAUUUUGGCAUUGCAAAGAUUUUAGUCGAAAACAAAGACGCAACACACACAAAAAUUCUUGGUACCGUUGGCUACAUCGCACCAGGUACGUAUGUACAUGAAUUUACCCUGCUUUUUUAAUUAUCAAAAGGAUAAAUGAUAGGAUGGUGAUCUUACAAAUUUGUGGUAACAACUUGCUUGGAAAUUUUCUUCAUCUUAGCUUGUCUUAUAGUCAAUAAACGCAUAUGAAUAUGAACUAAUAUAUUCAUAUGACAUGCAUCCCAAACAAAUCUAACAAGGUGAAUAUAUGUUUUCAUAAGGUAGUUUUGGUCAAAAACACCACCUAGUAUGCUGUGAAGAACUUAGCUUUAGCUUUAUGUGCAAUUUUUUUUAGAAAUAAACCCAUGUGGGAUGCUUUUAUUAGAAGGAUGGAUGCUCUGUUAAUUUUUCCAUCCAUCAUUAAUAUUAACAAAAAGCAUAUAUAUCGCCCAAUCAAUGACCGGCAGCUUGCUUUGGCCAUCAUGUGAGUGGCUCAAUUCUGGCCAUCUCACAACCACAUGAAAGGUGGCCUUCAAGAGCUUGCAUAACACAACCUCUCAUGACACAAUUAGCAAGAUUUUUGUGCAAGUAGCGGGAGUUUUUCAACUCACAAUGACUUGAAAUUUUUAUUCAAUUUGAAAGCAAACUCUUUUCAAAGCAAUUAUAACUCAAUUGGAUUAAACAUUGUUAUUCAGAUAUGCCAAUACGUAACUUUUACAAAAGACUAAAAAGAUAUACUUGCAUUAAAGUAAAUUGUGUUAUAAGCAUCAUAUAGUAAUGAGUUUCAAUUUUAGGAUUGCAUAUGCAUUUACGAUUCUCUUUUUUGGAUGGUAAUAUAUAUAUAUAUAUUGAUAUAUAUAUUGCCAAGCCAGGGUACAGAAGGAAGGGAAAGGUUCCAGACAAAGACUACAAAAUACUAUCUAUAGUAGAAGGGGAAAAAAUUAGGGAAAUAUUAUUGAAGUUAACAUGCAAUUAAUUGGUGCAAUCCCAUUAUUUAUUUAAUGAACCAAAAGGGCUAGUUCAAGAGCUUUUUUAUGUAAUGGGCUCAAGAGCUUGCUUAUAGUUCAGAUAUAUGAUCUUUGUUUUUGGAUGGCACAUGUGAAUUAUUACUUAAUUACGUCAUUUUAUUGAGGCAAAAGUUGCUAACUUAAAUGCCUUGUUGACAAUUUGUGAGUAUUUUUAGAAAAUGGAUUUGAAGGGAAGGUAUCCAUCAAAACCAAUGUCUAUAGCUAUGGCAUAACAUUGUUGGAGAUGAUCACGAGGAAGAAACCCACCGACGACAUGUUCGUUGGAGGCUUUACUUUGAGGCAAUUGGUAAAUGCAUCCAUUCCAGAUAGAAUGAUGGAAGUUGUGGAUGAAGGUUUACUAAGAAUAGAAGAUGGAAGAGACACCAUUGCCUUGCAAAGUAUUCUUUCAUCAAUCAUGGACUUAGGCUUGAGGUGUUCUGAAGAAUUACCAGAUACAAGAAUGGAUAUCAAAGACGUGUUGGUCAAGCUUAAUAAAAUCAAGUCAACUUUUUUUGAGAACAGGAACAGGGUUACUAGACAUACUUUACCUUAAUUUGUUUCGCAUGUUUAUAUCUUUUUAGUGUCGUGAAGUAUUUAUGAGUGGUAUGUAUGUAACAGGCUUGUAUCAACAUUUAUGCUCAAAGGAAUGGUUUGAGA